UUCGCGGCAAAUAAAAUGUUUAAACGUCAACAUACCAAUGCUGUCAAGUUUUUAUUCCGCGUAGUCGUGCACGUGUUCCACCUCGGCUAAUUUUAACUAUAAAUGUAUAAUAUCGUCUAAAAUAGCAAAGUGAUUGUAUAAACUUAAAUACUAAUUCAAUACACUCUCGUUUGCAUUCGUAGAGUGUAUACUUAACAAUGUAAAAUUAACACAAAGCGAUGUCCAAAGAAGGUUAUAGUCCUGAAAAAAAAGAGGGAGAUAAUAAAGUAGUUUUAGAGAGAUUGCAAAACUACUUGAAAGACAAAAGAACUUCUGAAACGUCGGACCCGAGUCUCGGGUUCAACAAGCCCAGUACCAGCUACGAUCAGUCACCACAAAGUCUGCCAACACUUGAAGACAGUAGCAACAUAUUGCGUGAAGUUCUGAACCACAAGAAGGCAGAAUUGCUGCGUCAGCCGGAGAUAGUAGAGUAUUUAAAGUCGAUAUCGUCGGAUCUCAAGAAGUAAAGAUGUCGGGAACUCCGAAGAGCGUCGCCGCAUCUUUGAUGCAAAAGACUCUUGAGCGACAAGCAGCCUUAGCGCGAAUGAGGCUACGUUUCACCAAGAACCAAGUAGAGCAAAUAUUAGUAAAUUGCGUUAGAAAUAAUAACACCGGGCCUUACCUAGAAUUGGUGAAAGUUUUAAGAGAAUAUCCUCUGAAUGAGGAUAAUUUUAGGAUAGUGUUUGAUGACAGCCUAUCUUGUGUUGUGUUGUUGGGGCGGGAGAUGACUCAGUAUGUGGAUGUAGUGUGCAAUAUUGAGUGGUUGGACAGGAGCGAGGAGUUAGUGGAGUUGUACAGGAAGUUUGUGCUGAACCUGGUCACUGCACACACCUACCACUGCCCCAUAGUCAUGAUGCGGCUAGUCACGCUGUUUAAAGGAGAUGGAGAGAACUGGGAGGAUAGUCCGCCUUCUGAACUUCUAAACAAAUGGUCUCAUAUACAUGAUAUUAUUGGACACAUAGUUGCCAUUAUGCCUAUGACAAGUGAUCUUCUAAUGCACAUUAUAAUAGAACAGUUCCCAUACUACAAAGCAGGGUGCUAUGUAAACAGAGCAUACAUCUACAAUUUAAUAUGGAUAAGCAAAUACCUACCUUCCCUCCAAGAACAAAUCAUGACUGCUGUUAUUAAUAAAAUGAUAAGUAUGGACGUAAACAUAGCAGAAUAUGAAAAAGGUAAAUCAGACACAAUGUUCGAAAUGGACAUAGAUUGUCAGGACGAAGUAUCCGUGACCCUGGACUAUUGUAUGCUGGAGGUCCUCAAGUGGCUGGAGGAUGAAAGGGAUCCCAUCAUGAAUGUCCUAUGCACCGUCUUCGAAAGGGUCGUGCUACCUACAUAUGGCAUAAGGCAUGUUCAGUUCCUUCUGCUGUACACUAUAUCCAUCAACCAGCAAUGUGCAGACCGUGUGCUUGAACACCUUUGGACUAUAGCUGCUGGUCGCCAAGGCAUGGGACCGGGGGCCCUUACCACGAGAAAAACCGCGGCCAGCCACUUAGCAGGCCUACUCGCUCGUUGCGUGCGAGUCCCCAACACAAGACUCAUAAAGUAUUUGAAGAGCAUGGCGGAGUGGUGUCACUCUUAUAUCUCCGCCACGCAGGAGUCCACUGCAGCGUGCGACAAUACCAAAGCCCACGGCGCAUUCCACGCUAUUUGCCACGCGAUUUUCUACCUUGUGGCCUUUAAACAUCAUUUGCUGUUUAUGAAUAAAGAAAAUGUAAACUUCGUGGAAUCAUUAAACUUGCCACGACUUGUGACGUGCGCAUUGAAUCCACUUCGCACAUGCCCCCCUCAAGUCACGAGGGCAUUCUCUUCCAUCACGAGGUCGCACCAAGUUGUCUACUGCCAGGGUAUUAUUGAGAAGAACGCGCGACAUACGCUGCAAUCAACUGCUGUGCAACAAUAUGACGAGUGGUUCCCAUACGACCCCUAUAACUUGCCUAUAUCUGGCAAAAUCAUUUGGCCGCUGUGUAUAGAUUACAAGGACUGGCUGAAGGAAGGCGACGACGAAACCCAGUACUCGUCUAUGAAGAGAAAAUUAGAAGAAGAUGAUGAUUAUUUAGUCAUGGCCAGCCCCACACAAAGGCUAGCUUCCUCACUGUCUCACGGUAUCUCACCGGGUUUCAGAACUAGUGAAAAUAUAUUUAUAUAAAUAUCCUAGUGAAUAGAAAAUAUAUAUGUUACUAUCGUUAGUAACAAUUCUGAUCUUAUUAU